AUGAGAGCACAAUCUCCCACAUAGAAAUUUAUCCCUACAUCAGCAAUUACAACAACUAGAUUAGUAAGCUCCCCUCACUCAAAUAUAAGAGAUCAAAGAGCUGAUUCAUAGGUGAAUAGUAGAGUAACUAAAAUAACUACUUACUCGACAAGGCCAAAAACUACUAUAACCACAACCACUACCUUUAGACCAGUCAUUGAGACAAGAACAGUAAGGCUAUGCACAGACAAGAGAUGUCAAGGACAUGAAUAGCAUAUCGAAUAAUUAACACAAGAGAACCAGUAAUUGCAUCAAAGAGUUUUAGAACUUCAAUAGGAAAUAGAUUAGUAUUCUAUUUGUUAAAGACAGCAUACUAAUAAUUAUUCUUGUGAAAUAGAUAAUAUUAAAAAAUUAUAUGAGGAAUCAUAAAUUAAUUACAAAUCUGAAAUUGAAUAUCUUACUUAAGAGAUAACUUAAUACAAAACUUAAUUCUAACAUUCUGAUGAUUAAGUAAAAUACUUAACUUAAUAAUUGAAAAAAUAAUCAAAUAAUGAAAACCUAGAAAAUUAAAUUGCUUUGCUUACAACUGAAAUGGAAAGAUUAAACACUGUUAUUCUUGAAAAAAAUGUAGUUGUAGAACAAUUGACCUAUAAAAUUAAUUAAUUAGAUUCUGAAUUAUUCAACAAGGAAGAGGUUAUUGAAAAUUUAGAAAUUAAUGCAUCUAAAUUGAAAAAACAAUAUUAGGAAGCCUGCAACUAGGUUUUUCUUAUAAGAUCAGAGUUGGAUAGAUAAUUGGAUACCAUCUAAUAGUAAGAAAGAAAUAUAUUCAUUUUGAAUCAAGACAAAUAAGCCAUUUGA